AUGAACUUUCGGGCCCUUCCGCUGCUUCGACCGCUGCUGCAUGUGUGUGCGGUGCUGCUACUGACGUCCCGCAGCUCCCAAUUAGGCUCUGCAUUGCACCCUUUUCAGCGCGCUGUUGCCAACGACUGGAUACGUCUGCUCUUCUACGUGGACGUGGACAAACAGAUCGGUCCAGAUGAAACGACACUCGAGACGCUCCCCCACUUCCUGCUUGAGGUAGAGGAGGAGAUUGCGGCCAACGUGGACGACGAAUUCUUCGCUGGAGGGUUCGCUGCGAGGGCUUCUGCGCUACCAGUUGGAGCGCUCUUUACCAUCGAGGAGACGCGUCAGCAUUUGCAUGGGGCUGUACGCAACUAUUUCCAACUCUCGGACGUGGCGCUAGACUCGUAUCUGGUUUACGGUAAUGAGACGCAAUUGCUGCUGCCGCCUCCGCUGCUUACAAUACGCACAGACAUUGGUGAGGACCCAGUUGACUCAAUUUACAACAUUACGAACGCCUCUUCCAGCGAGCAGUGGCCGGCAGCUCUGCGCAUGGAGAGCGAGGCUGCGCGAAAGCAGGAGACAAGAAAGUUUUUCGACGAACUGGAUGCCAUGGAGCUCAAAGUGGUGUGGACGGUGGUUAUGCGAUACGAUCUACUGAAUCAAGGUCAUUUGGAGGUGACAAUGAACUACAAUCUUGUUCAUGUGCCACUUCUGGAGAGUGAAAAAAGAGAUGAAGGAGAGGACAUACCACCGGUAUUUCUAAACACAAGUGUCACGUUCAACUGGAUCACACUGCUGGUGGUUGGUCUGUACCAGACAGUUGAGUUCGCGCUGAUGGAAGGAGCUGCCAAAGAUUUCUGGUUCUGGUUUGUGCUCGCUGUCAAUUUCGCGACUGUGACGUGCUUGUUGGCUACGUGGCGUCACGCUUACCGACUCUCGUUGAAUGACACGCUAUGCUUAACGUUCGCCUUGUGCUGCGCGCUGCAGUGGUGUAGCCUCGUGCGUUAUAUGCAGGUAAACACAAGGUUUCAUAUCCUUGGACUCACCUUGCGGCGCGGCUUACCGCGAGUGAUGCAGUUUCUCGUCGGUGUUUUGCCCAUCUUCGUCGGGUUUGUGCUUUUUGGAACUGUCAUGUUCGGCGCCAAGGUGCCUCGGUUCCAAACCGCGAGCUCUACAGCCACCACACUCUUUUCCGUGGCGAAUGGUGACGAAAUUCACGAUACAUUCAACGAUGUCGCGUAUACUCCUUGGGUCGGGCAGAUCUACGUAUAUAGUUACAUGAUUCUCUUCAGCUACGUUGUCCUGAUGGUGUGCAUUGGUAUUAUCGAGGACGCCUUUUUCUCUGCUGUGUUCCCGGCUUCGUGGCCCACGCUUGAUAAUAGACAGCAUGACUACCGACGGACUCCAGGGCAUCCCCACCACCAAUCAGUGCACUGA